GUAGAAGGAGUGACGUACUUCCGCCCGGAGUUGAGUCGCCAGGUCAUGUUCCCACUCGGAGAAGACGCUGGUGCAGUCAGUCCGUGGACGCUGUGUGUGGUGGACGCUGACUAACGUCGACACCAAAACUGCCGCUUUGGUUUUCGUUGACGUUAGAAGGAGACUACGACAGCUAGUGCUGUCUUUUUGUGUGUAGAACCGCCAUGGCUAAAGUUCAGGUACUAAAGGUCGCUGUAUUGGACAACCCUAGCCCAUUUGGGAAUCCGUUUCAGUUCGAAAUCACGUUUGAAUGCAUGGAGAAUUUGUCCGAAGAUCUGGAAUGGAAGCUCAUCUAUGUUGGAUCAGCUGAGAGUGAAGAAUAUGACCAGGUUCUAGACUCUGUCCUGGUGGGACCAGUCCCAGCUGGCAGACACAAGUUUGUGUUUCAGGCUGAUGCUCCAAACACAGGACUUAUUCCAGAGACUGACGCUGUCGGAGUCACCGUACUCCUUAUAACCUGCACUUACAAUGGUCAGAACUUCAUACGCAUUGGUUACUAUGUCAACAAUGAGUACACUGACCCUGAACUACGAGAAAACCCACCUCUGAAACCCGACUACUCCAAGCUGCUGAGGAACAUUUUGGCCUCAACCCCCCGAGUCACUCGCUUCCACAUUAACUGGGAGGGUCUGGCAGAGGAGUCUGAGAACAGCGAGAACGUGGACCCAUCUAACAUCUUUUGUUCGUCUUGUAGAAGUGCAGAAAAACCUUGCUGACCAAAAAGCAUAUUGUUCUAUAGGCAGCUACAGAAAUGCCUCUGAGUUUUUUUAUGCCAAGUUUAGGCUUUUUUUGUAAAACUUGUUACCUCAGUAAGUGUGGAACACUGUUCAAUUGCUCCUGGUUCAUAUAGAAAUAAUUAUGUGUUGCAACCAACAUUGCUGUAAAUAAAGUUUUACAA